AUGGAGACGUUUCCCCAACGCUCAUUUGGGGGGCCGGAUCCGGGAUCACUGAGCCCAGAGCAAUUGGAGCAGUUGCGAGAUUUCAAGAUCCAGACUCGCAUCGCAAAUGAAAAGUACUUGAGGACCCACAAAGAGGUGUCGCUGCUCAUUAGCGGCUUCUUCAGAGAAAUGUUUCUGAAAAGACCAGACAACAUCCUUGAAUUUGCUGCGCACUAUUUCACAGAUCCAAGACUUCCCCACAAGAUUCACAUGCAGCUAAUUAAAGACAAGAAAGGAGUCUAAUUAGCAAAGCCACAACGCUCAGCUGCUGGGAGAAGCCAGAAGGAAUCCAGCCUCGGGGUCAUCUGGAGGCCUGAGAGCCCUGUUGCCAUCAGUCUGGGCCUCCAAGCUGUGUGGGCCUCUUCCUCCCACAGAGGUUUUCAGAGAUGCUCAUUAAAUCCAGACCCGCCUGCUCGCUCUCUUACCUUUAUUUGGCCAGAGGAGGAGGAAGAGGAGGGCGCCGUGGGGAGGGCGCCGUGCGUGGGGCCUACUGUUCUUGCCUUUCUCCUUUUCUCCCUGAGGGGGCCUGGGGUUGGGAGUGGCAGGGACUGUUCCCACUCCAGCCAGAAGAACAGACAGUCAGAACUCAAGAGGGGCCAUGAAUAUUGUAAAACAUACACCUGACAGGCCUCUGGGGAGGGGGAGGACUUGGUUCUUGGGAGCUCUAGGAGCAAGCUGGUCAUCUAUUUGAUAUCUGGAUAAGAGGCAGCAAGACAGUUCAGGUGGUGGCAUGAAGCCCUUUGCACAGUUAGCCCCCACCCCAUGUCUGUGUGUGUCUCUCUGUCUCUGUGUGUGUGUGUGUUGUAUACCUUUCAGGUUUAUGAGCUCAGUCUUUGGCCUCUGCAGUCAGCCGGCUUCACUGUAUAAAGGAGCUCAUGUGAGUUUCACGUGUCAACAUCACCAUGGUAACAGAAACACAGGCUGAGUGUUAUUUGUAUUCCCUUGCUCCUAGCUGUCCUCACUUGCAUUGGUUACAAAGGGCGACGGAACAGGAAGACCCAGAAACCACUUAAGUUAUGAACUGGAACUUUCAGGAGGUUGAUUCGUUUUUGUUUUAAGUAGGGUCCCACUCUGUAGCCUAGGCUGUCCUCGAAUUUUCCAUGAUUCUCCUGCCUCAGCCAUGGCUCUGAAGGUGCUGGGUCUGUGGGCGUUUGCUGCUCGCUGCCCUGGCUUUAGAGGCGUUCCUUCUGUGCUUCAGAAUUAGACUUCAGAGUCUCUCUGGCAUGGGCAGAGCUGUCCUUGCUUAGGAAGUACAAAAAAGGGGCCUGGGGAGAAAGCAAAAUGCUUGCUUUAUAAGGUGGAGGAACUGAGUUCAAGCCCCAGAGCCCACAUUAAACAAAAAGUUCAGGUGUGGUGGUGUGUGUGUGAUUUCAGAACUGGGGAAGCAGAGGCUGUGGGUUCCUGGGUGAGCCAGCCUGGCCCCAUAGAUGGGUCCCAGACCAAUGAAAGACCCUGUUUCAAAAACAAAAACAAAGUGAGAUAAAUAACAGUGGGCAGUGGCUCAAGAACCACACCGGAAGCUGUCCUCUGGUCCUCACGUGUGUCACGUGUGCCGUCUGGUGUGGCGGCUCGCACCGGAAGCUGUCCUCUGGUCCUCACGUGUGUCACGUGUGCCGUCUGGUGUGGCGGCUCGCACAGGAAGCUGUCCUCUGGUCCUCACAUGUGUCACGUGUGCCGUCUGGUGUGGCGGCUCGCCUCUAUAAUCUCGGCACUCAAAAUGAUGGAGCAUGAUAAUUGGUAUGAAUUCCAGGCCAGCGCAGACUAUCACAUGUGAUCCCAUCUCAAACAAACAAACAAAACUGGUUACAAGCACAUACUGCUCGUCCCGAGACCUGAGUUUAAUUCCCAGCUCCUUUAUCCAGCAUCUUACAACUGUCUGUAAGCCCAGCGUCAGGGCAGUGUGACACCUCUCAUCUCUGUGUGCACUUCCAUUCAUGUGCACAUACC